CCGUCGCGCCGGCGUGAUUUGCACGGUCUUUUCGCCGCGUUGCUUGGCCAUGGUCUCACUUAUUCGACCAUCGGCCUGGCCUUCAGUUAAUACGGUAUUUGAAAACAAUAUUACGUGAAAUUUAAAGACACGCAUAACUACCAUUUUUGUGCCUUACGAAUCACUUUCACAGAUACAAGGUAAUAUUCAUAAAGAACCUACGUUAUUUUCCUUCAUAUGGGCCUACAAACGUGUGAUCUAGUAGGAAGGUGCUAUCUGCUGUCAAGAUCUUCAAGUUAAUGGUAUGAACAUGUGCUGGCAACUGAAUUGUUUUUAUUCUUAGAAUUUUGGCGUGAUGAGAAGAAUGUUUCAAGGGCCUGUGGCUUAACCAGAGCGUCACACAAAUGAAUAGGAUAUACUUUUAACACGAACUAAAUUUCGAUUCCAUCCCAGGAAUCGGAACACUUAUCGUGUCCAACAGUUUAACAAUUUAUGAAACGAAAAAUUACAGACAGUGCUGUCAAGUGAAAGGAUUUGUUACUCCACUCAGACUGUCACGCCACUGAACACUCAGCAGAAGUAUGGAUUUGGACGAAGUUCUAGACGAAGUAAAACACUUCGGAAAAUUUCAGGCCACCAAUUACUUGUUACUCAGUGUGGCUAUAUUGUUUGCGGCCAUGUUCGAGGCCAGCUUUAUUUUCACGGCUGGGGAUCUCGAUUACAGAUGUCGCAUUCCGGAAUGCGACGGGGCAGAGGCCACUUUCCAGCCCGAAUGGCUGCAGAACGCCGUCCCGUUCCAUCAACAGGAUUCGCGGUCUGUCCCCUGGCGCUGUCGCCGGUUCGCACCCCGCAAUUUCUCCGCCCUAAGUGAAAAUUCGCAACGAAAUUACUCUUCGUGCUCGCCAGAGAGCUUCGAUAACAGUACAGUCAUCAGAUGUGAUGAGUGGAUCUACGACGGGGAAGAAACUACAAUUCUGAGAGAGUGGGACCUAACCUGUGAAGAAAAUCUUUGGAAGCUCACAAUGGUGGGUACUGUAAACAACAUCGGGCAGUUUGUGGGAUUAUCGAUCGUCGGAGUGGUUUCCGACAGAAUUGGCCGUAAGACAACUUUGAUAGUAUCUAUGAUACUUUCUUGCGUGAUGGGCCUGGCUCGAUCUCUUGCUUGGAGCUAUGAGAUAUUCCUUCUCUUCGAAUUUCUGGACCCGGCUCUCGGAACCGGAGUCUACACCUCUGCAUUGGUCCUAGGGAUGGAGCUGGUGGGGUCAAGAUCCAGAGUCUUAGCAGCAACUAUGAUUACUUCGUUCUACGCGAUAGGCCAAGCUCUGACAGGUAUAAUCGCUUGGUGGCUACAGAACUGGAGGCUAAUUCUAAGAGCCUCAUAUCUUCCGUCGUUACUGUGCAUAUCUUAUUAUUGGCUUAUUCCCGAGUCGGUAAGAUGGCUUCUGACGAAGAAAAGAACGAAAGAAGCCUCCGAUAUUAUACUUAAUGCAGCUAAGAAAAAUGGAGUACGCCUUUCUGAACGUGUGAUGAGUGAGAUCAGAUCAUCGUUGGAGCAUAAAGACAGUGAGGACAGCCUGGAAGGAAGUGGAAGUCCAUGGAAAGAGGCACUUGGACAAGUCUUCAGAUCGAAGACUUUACUAAUAAGACUAAUUGUCUGCAUCGUUUGCUGGGUCAGCAUUACGUUCGUAUACUUCGGCCUGACAGUGAAUUCCGUGUCAGUGGGCAGUAACAAGUACACGUCUUUCAUCCUGGUGGCUCUGAUCGAGUUACCUGCGUACGUGGCCACUUACUUAUCGCUGAAGAAGUUCGGAAGGAAAAUCUCCCUUUGCUCAACGCUCAUAAUUUCGGGCAUCCCCUGCACAGCCUUCGCACUCCUACCGCCAGGCUUGGAGUGGGUACGUCUGCUGCUUUUCUUGGCUGGAAAAUUCGCCAUCACCAUCUCUUAUACGGUGAUGUAUGUGUACAACGCAGAACUAUUCCCGACACAACUCAGGCACUCCCUGCUAGGUGCCUGCGUCAUGUUUGGGCAGAUCGGUUCCAUUCUUGCACCACAGACACCGUUGCUGAAUGAGGUGAUGGAAUCUCUUCCACUUCUCAUGUUCGGAGUCAUGUCGGUGUUUUCUGGAUUACUGGCUCUAUACUUCCCUGAAACUCUAAACGUGAAACUACCAGACACAGUUGAAGAAGCGGAAAACAUUGGGAAACACAUACGACGUAUGAACGACGACAGCGAAUACGAAGCCCAAGAACACAUCUGACGUACACUCUGCAAUUAACUUUAAUUUAUACCACCAUGACAAGUAGGAGACAUGGAAACAACAUGGAGGCAUACUGCAGUCAACAUUCACUGCAACUACAUUCUUAAAAUAAUGUCUUCGGAGACAGUGAUGCAGCAGAUUUUAUAGAGUUCCCUUUGAAGCUGAAGUUUGUCUAAAUAAUAUCUAAGGAUUCAGCCCGUAUUUCAAAGAAAUCACAACACCUCAUAAUUACAAAUAUCAAGUGGUUAACGCUGUUUAAGGGAAUAAUCGCUCUUUACCUUGAGAAACAUACGAAGCAUAUAAAUUCAAGCUGCAAGCUUUAUUGGUUGUUAAAGCAAGUGGCACGCUUGGUUUUAAAGGGUAAAACAAACAUUACGACUCUAUUGUUAUUAAAUCUAGGCACAAGAAACAAAUCGAGUAGAGUAGCAUUUGAGGUUUUCACAGAGGGGAGUUUGAAGACAGCCAUCUUCAAAUCGAGUAGAGGCUGCAUUUUAUACCAGACGAUGCAAAGUGUGCUCCCUUGAUUUUGGUAGGUGAAACCAUAUCAUUUGAAAUAACGUAAACUCUAUGCAUGACUGUAAACACAAUUCUCUAGAAGAGAAGUUGUAAAAUGUGAUACGCAAUAAAAAUCUAAAUUCUAAUAAGACUUCCAUAACACAACAUUAAAAUGUUUCAACCUAGUUUAGAACAAACAAUGUUAACUUUAAGAGGGUUAAACAUUUUGUGGUUCUUGGAAAUAAUAUUUUGUAGACUUGUUUGAUAUAUGCCAAGUGAAUUCAAAGUGGAAUUUUCUUCCCUUCAAUAUUCAAUGAGAAUCAUUCUUCCUUCCUCAAAUUUUCAUGAAAUGUUCAAGGAAAGAUAAAUUUAUUGAACUCAUUCUAAGCAAAAUAACAUAUCUCCAUGCCCCUAUACGCCUCCAUGCUUUGGAACAUAGACACUGAGACAGCUUAACUUUUAUCUUUAACUUAUGAAACCUUAUUCUUAAAAUAUCCUUCCUGAACAUUAAAUUAUGAUGUCCAAGUAUUUUUAGGGGUAUUCUAAUACACAUAAUUAUAAAUAGAAAUACCAGUUUUAGACCGGUUUUGGGGAGUAAUCUGUUAUUUAGGCUCUGUUCAUCAGUGCAAAAUGCUUGCAAACUCAGGAUAUGCGAAACAUACGAAGCGUCCAAAAGUGAGCGAAAAAUCUUGCCUUACUUGUUCUGCGUGUGGUUCUAGACGCGCGCGCACACACACACACACACACACACACAUACUUGUUCUUUAUGCACUAAACAAAAAACUGAAUCAAUACAAUUUUAAAAAGUGGUCUUAUUUAUAUACUUUACGAGUACAGUGUUGAGUGUACGCCCACUUCUCCAUACGUUUCCAUGGUCUGAUGCUCAAUUAAGCACAGGAACAAAUUUACGUUUUACAAUGUUACAGUUCGAUUUUUAAUUUCUGAUACCAAAUUGUAAAGUUUAGUACUUGUUUGUUUCGCAAUUAAAUAAAUUACUUUUAUACAUAAGCCACGUUUCUCAUCUAUUUUAUAAAAAUCUAAUGACACUGCAAAAGUUUAUGUAAGUGCAAUAAUGAGCGUGAUUUCACUAAGAAGUAACUACUUCAAAAAGAACUGUAAUUAUAUUGUCCAUUAUCGGGCCUUACAUUUCAAGUAAAAUUUUGCCUUAUUCAAGCUUAGACUAUGUACUAUAAUCAAUAUUUACAAAUACAAAAUAAGACUAAAUAUAUAGUGUUUAUUAUGAA